AUGUCGGAGCCUCUAGGUACUGCUCCAUUGUCUGACGAUGCGACUCAAGAUCGCAGCAUGAUUGACAACGAGCAUGGUCCAGGCACCCGCCAUUCAUCACGUCGGCCACAGCUACGGGCUCGUCCACAGUCCUGGCAUCCAUAUGGGCCAGUGGAACCACCACUGGAAGCAACUUCGUCAAGGCCUAUAGGGGUGCACUCUAUCUUGAACCCGCCAGCGCAGACAAAAAUGGAAGCGGGCAGUCGCGAUCUACGUAGUCUGUCUGGAACAGCCUCUCCUCGACCACGAAAGGGUUCUUCGCCUGCUCCUCGUUCGAUGCACUCUUUGCAACAACCGCUAUCUCCCAGAUCAAUUGCGCGGCCGGGGAUCAACCCCAGCUCACCUUCAGCUCGGUUUGUGGGUGGUGGGAGGAGCGGACAGUCGAGUGUUGCCCACUCGCCACUAGUUUCUCACGAACCACAGGGUAUGCGUCAGACUCCAACCAGCCCUCCUCUGCCUCUGGAUUCGGCACUACGACCUAUUACUUCAUUACCAGGCACCCAACCACCCGUGACUGCGUCUUUACAAUCUACGCCCAAUCUUCAUUCGCACCGAACUAGUGCAGGACCGGGACCACUAACAAAUCAUAAAUCCCAGGAGACGAGUCCAACCACAUCACAUUCAGCCUACGGCCAUUUUGGACGUGCGUCUCCGGCCAUAACCAUGGCCUCCAUCCCACCAAGUGUCGCACAAUAUGCAGCAGCACCAGCACCAUACAUGACAAUGGAAGCCAUGGCUCGAGGAGUCCCCGCAACAGCUGGACCACGCAGUCUGGUCGAGGAGACCGGAGCAAGAGUGGCAAGCCCAGUACCAGGUACACCAGGCAGUACAGCAUCUAUAGGCGGCCUAAUUCCAUGCGUCAUGGACCUCAAAUCCGGAUCUAGCAGUCAGGCCGAAAAGCGCAAAGCCAACAGCGACGCCUCUCGCCGCUUUCGAAAUCGCAAACGCAACGAGGUGCAACUCGAGCAGCGGCUUACAGCACAGCAAGAUGAAAUUCGCCGCCAAAGUGAAGAGAUUCGAGUUCUCGUCCACCAGCGAGAUCAUUAUAGAUCGGAGCGCGAUUUUUUUCGCGAACAUCUUAGUCGUUCAGGCUCUCUGAGCUCGUUACCACCAAGACCGCCAUCGCCACGCUCGGUGCCCUCUGCUUCACUUCUGCCUGCUCCAACUGAAACAGCCCCUUCAUCGAGGCCACAGGGCUGGCCGGGAACGCCGGGCCCAGCGCCUUAUGCAUCUGUGCCUCACGGCACUGCCCCGGGGAGGGAUGUGGCGCCCUCCGGACCACCGGUUGCUGGAGGCCCUCUGCCGCCGUUUCAGGGCUCAUGGCCUCGGCCAUAA